CUCUGGAUGAUAGUGAAGUAUUUAACCCAGAUUUUCUGAGUCAAAUUGACGACAUAUGCAAGCGUCAUUUGGAAGCGAAAGACAGUGCAAACAAAGUUGAUCCUACAAUUUCACUAUUGGUGAAGCGGCCUGUUGAAUUGGAGUUUGGAAGAAUUGAAAAUGUUCCUGAUUUGGAUUCUGGUGUUCAUGGAGUUGAUUUGAAAGAAGGAAAUGAUGAAAAAGAAGGAGAGGAGGAUGAGAAGAAGAUGAAUGCUGAUGAUGAUCAGCAUAAAGAAGAUGAUGAUGAUGAUGAUGAUGAUGGUGAUGAUAAGGAUCACCAGAAUCAUAAUGAGAGAAAGGAUGAUGAUGCUGAUGAUAAUGGUGAUCCUGGUCUUCAAGGAGAUGAAGACAAAGGAGUAGAUAAGGAUGCUGAUCUUCAUGUAGAUGAAGACAAAGGAGGAGAUAAUGGUGAUCCUGGUCUUCAAGGAGAUGAAGACAAAGUAGGAGAUAAGGAUGCUGGUCUUCAUGGAGAUGGAGAGGAAGAUAAUGAGAAAGAACCGAAGGAAGAUGGUAAUAAGAAGACUGGCAAUGCUGAUGAUGAUUGUGGUCUUCAAGGAGAUAAAGAGGAAGGAGGAAAUAAGGAGUUGGAUGCUGGGGUUAUACAGAAGGAGAGAAAGGAGGAAGUAAGUUUCUUUCAUGUUAUUCCUAAUUGAAAGAAUUCAAUGACCAACUGAAAAAUGUGAUGCUCUAAAGGAAAUAAUAUCUUAUAAAUAACAACUGAAAUACUGUUUUAGUUUAACUGAAAACUAAUUAAGUCUAACUGAAAAGUAUAUCAACUGAAAACUAAAUUAGUCUAACUGAAUCAGUCUAACUGAA